GAUACCGCUGUGCCACAACCUUGCCAACUUCCGUUGUUCGCGUUCCUUGAGCGAUUCCGACGUCUCCUUUGCAGCUGAUAUACGAAAUAGAGUCUGUAUACGCUACGACGUAGCUAGUCGUGUGUGCAGGCUAUUGUUUAGGGCGCGGUGAUGGCGUCUUUUGUGCAACGCCAAGGGCCGUUGCCCGAACAGGGGACAAAUGCAGCUACGGAAGAUACGACGAAGAAGUUGGCAACCACAGUGGUCGCGCAGCAUGAUGACCGCGUUUUCGAGGAGGACAGCUCGGCAUUCGAGUGCAACAUUUGCCUGGAGCUAGCCAAGGAGCCGGUGGUGACCCUCUGUGGACACCUCUACUGCUGGCCGUGCCUUUACCGGUGGAUGCAGUUGCAGGUUUACACUAGGGCGUGCCCAGUCUGCAAAGCGGGUGUGGAAAUUGAGAAGGUGGUGCCAAUAUACGGGCGAGGUUCUGAACCGGCGACCAAAGUGCAAGAAGCCGUAAAGCCGGUCCCGCCACGCCCUGCCGGGCAGAGGCCUCCACCUGUGCCGGCCAACGCGACGCCUGGCCAGCCGCAGCAGGGUGUCAUUCCGUCGCUGUUUGGGUUCCAUCUAGGGCCUGGGCAGGGGUACAACGAGGCGCUGACACCGGAACAGCAGCACCAGGCUUUCCUGUCACGCCUUCUGCUGAUGCUGGGCUCGUUCGUCAUCAUGUGUUUGCUGCUGUUUUAGGAGGUGAGCGAGAGUGCGCGUGGCUUCUGCCAGGGCAUGGUGCAGCGAACCCCCAGUUAUCCGUUGUGUUGUACGCUGUACCAUGAGAAAGUGCCAAAGCACAUGGGAUCGUAGAUGGCAGCCCCGUUUACCAGCUCAAGCCGCGUUUCCCCUUCUCCACCUGGCUGGUUAGACGCGGCGAAUUGGCGAAGUUGAAUCUUAGCGUAGAACUCCAAUUAGUGUCUUGACGGACUUAGCCUCGCAUUGGAGGGGCAUCGGAAGAAGCAUUGGGACUCGAGCGACAUCCGUUGGGCGAGGGAUGCAGUGGAGGGCACCGGUAGUGUUCUGCAUGAUGUUGGCUACGGCGUCGCUUUCACGCUUUCACCUUUAUUACUCCACCCGUGGUACGUCUGUGUCAUACACCACAUAACAACUUCCAUAUGGGGUGUGGGAUUUAAUGGGGAUGGAUGCCAAGCCUUGCACCACACCAGGCAUGUGGGUGAACGUGCCUGCGUGUUAUAUGCUAGCAGCCAUCCCGACGUCAUUUCAUACGAGUACUAGAGUAUAACAUGUACAGAUACUGCCGUGACUGUGCCGGUGCGCGCCGGGAUGAACGGCAAGUGCAGCGAAGUGCAAGUGCACUGCUGCUGACGCCAUGUUCGUCGUUUUUGCAUAGGUCUUUCGAAGGAGGGUUAGCGGCGUCCGUGUGGUUCAUGCAUGCUGAGCAGGUAGGGCACAUAUGGUUGGGCUGUUGUGCUUCUAGGGAGGGCGGCUAGAACCUAGACAUGUUCUCAGUUCUGUGCUGCUGCUGUUGCUGGCGACACAUGCACUUAUUGCGGUCAUUGAGGCGGCAUGUUGCGGACUGGGGCAACGCAUGUCAGCCGUGUGUUGUGUCGGUUUCACGUAGGAUUGAGGAGUAGGCGGAAGACUGAUGUCUAUUUCAGCUGUGGGGCCCUGUACGGCGCAUCCUGUGCGCUUCCAGGCAGCAUUCUACGUUACGCGUUUUUCCAUUUGGGCUUUCGUCAUUGUGUCGUCAAAUGGAGUUUUUUGCUCUGGCUUGCUGCUGUACGUUUGUGGAAGCGCAUCUCGAUGCACCCGCUCCCCCGCUGGAGGCACGGGGGGGGACUGUGGGGGGUACCUGCACGAGAGGGGAAUAUCUACAAACAGUUGCAUUUUCGAGGCCACAGGGAAC